CUCCAACCAACAACACGUCUCCCGCUCCCGCCAUCUUCCUCUUCACCGCGAAAAGAACCCCUCUCGACCUCGCAAUCAAGCGUGCGCGCGCUCGCUCGCCAUCCGCCAUGGGAGAAGUCGCCGCGGAGCUCCUGUACGGCAUGCCGGCGAUGCGGCUUUCAUGGCCGGGGCCCGACGGAAUCAGCGGCGGCGGCGCCGAGGCCGCCGGCGGCUGCGGCGCCCUGCUCGCGGAGCUCAGGCAACUGUGGGGGGAGAUAGGGAAGAGCAGGGAGGAGAGGGAGCGGACGGUGCGGGAGCUGGAGAUGGAGUGCAUGCGCGUGUACCGACGCAAGGUCGACGAGGCCACCGCCGAGCGGGCGUCGCUGCACCAGUCGCUCGCCGCCGGCGAGGGCGAGAUCGCCGCGCUCACCGCCGCCCUCGGCGCCGACAGCAGCCCGCAGCUCAAGGUGAACAAAUGGACCAUGUCGCUGAACGACCGGGUGUCAGCAGCAACAAACCUGCUGGAAGAGCUGAGGGCAAUGAAAGCAGAACGGAGCAAACAGUUCACUGCCAUCCGAUCAGAAAUCGACAAGAUAUCAACAGAAAUCUCAGGGAGGAGCUACGGCUAUGACAAUUCCCCAAGAGCCAGUGAGUUCGAUGAACAUGAUCUGACCAUCAGGAGGCUCAACGAGUACAGAGCACGCCUGUCGAGUCUUCAGAAAGAGAAGUCUGACCGGCUUCACAGGGUUCUUGAGCACGUCACCGAGGUGCACUCCCUGUGCGACGUGCUCGGCGAGGACUUCAUCGCCAUCGUCAACGAGGUCCACCCGGGGCUGCACGAGACGGCGGAUCCCGGCAAGCCCACCAGCAUCAGCGACAGCACGCUGGCCAGCCUCUCCCAGGUCGUCGCGAUGCUCACGUCGGAGAAGACCAAGCGAGCAGCCAUGCUGCGAGAGGCCGUGGUGCCACUGGUCGAGCUCUGGGACCUGAUGGACUUGCCGGAGGAGGAGCGGCGGAGCUUCAGGAAGGCGACGGCCGUUCUGAGGCCGGCGAGGGAGGAGGCUCUGUCCUCCGGCGUGCUGUCCAUCGCAACCAUCAAGAAGACGGAGGAGGAGGUCGAGAGGUUGACGAGGCUCAAGGCUGGCCGGAUGAAGGAGCUCGUGCUCAAGAGGAGGUUGGAGCUGGAGAGCAUCUGCAGGAGCAUGCACGUCGAGCCUGACACCAGCACUGUGCCGGAGAAGUCCAUCGCGUUGAUUGAUUCUGGCCUUGUGAAUCCUUCUGAGCUCAUGGCCAGCAUCGACGAGCAGAUCGCGAAGGCGAAGGAGGAGCAGCAGUCCAGGAAAGAAAUCAUGGACAAGAUCAACAAGUGGCUGCUGGCGUGUGAGGAAGAGAAAUGGCUCGAGGAGUACAAUUUGGAAGAGAACAGAUUCAAUACUGGAAGAAUAGCGCGUCUGAACCUGAAACGCGCCGAAAAGGCAAGGCUUAUCAUCAACAAGAUUCCAGCAAUGAUCGACAACCUGAUGAGUCGAACACUAGUCUGGGAGACCGAAAGAAACAAGCCUUUUCUGUAUGACGGGGCUCGCUUGGUCGCCGUGUUGGAAGAGCACAAGCAAGCCAGGCUGAGGCAGGAAGAAGAGAGGAGGCGCCUCCGGGAGCAGAAGAAGCUGCGCACUCUGUUCAGCGAGAAAGAGGCGAUGCCUCACCUGAAAAGGCCCGGCAGCAGCUUCGGCAGGGCGACGGAGCCGUGCAACAUGAGCCGGAAGAGGGUCGACGCCGCGCCGCCGUCGGUGCGCAGCAGCAGCGGGUCCAGCGGGAGCAGCGGCGGCGGCGCGGCUGAUCCCUUCAGGCCGCGGUCGUCGGCGGCGGCCGGAUCGGGCGCGGGGCACUGCGGCGAGUUCUUCAGGAGCGGCGGUGCGAGGCGGCUGUCGGCGGCGGCGCCGUUCAACUACGUCGCCGUGUCCAAGGGCGGCGGCGGCGGCGGCGGCUUGUCGUCGUCGAUGAUGUCAUGAAGCGCGUAGCUAGGUGGGCCCGUGUAGAUAACACGACACUAGCUAGCUGUCCUGAAACACAUGCACUUUUAUUCCCUUUUGUACCGCUCGGAAGCUUCUAGAAGGUUCGUUUGUGACGGCGGAUUUGAUUAUUGGUUUAUUUCAGAAUGCUGUACCGGAUACGGUUAGUACAACGUACGGUGUAUAUAUAUGCGCUAUGUAUAGUAAUUGAAGUACUCUAUGUGGGUAAUGGAGAGAGGUGGUUAUGUCCUUAUCA